UUAAGAUGGCGGCUCAACGGCGCGCGCAUGCGCCCUGAGAAGGAGUCGCGUUUGCAGGGGCGCCGGAGAAAGAAACCUGAACUGGGCCGGCGAGGCCUUGAAACCGUUUUCGGUUGGCCGGGAGAGGAGACGAGGCGAGGGGCUGCUUUCCGUCCUGCAAGAUGUCCGAAGGAACUUCGAGUGGCGAUCCGGAGAGCGGCCGGCCCUCGCUUCCUGCUGCUCGGGGAUUAAUAGGGAGAAGGACUCCCGCGCCGAUCUCGGCAGGCCGCCUGCCUUCCAUCCGCUCCCGAGAUCUUACCCUUGGUGGGGUCAAAAAGAAAACCUUUGCCCCUAACAUCAUUAGCAGGAAAAUCAAAGAAGAACCCAAGGAGGACCUUUCUGUGAUGAAAGAGAAGAAGGACCGCGAUCGAGAUCGGCAGCGGGAGAGUCAUGGACGAGGCAGAGGGAGGCCAGAAGUUAUUCAGUCUCACUCCAUCUUUGAGCAAGGCCCAGCAGAAAUGAUGAGGAAGAAAGGUACCUGGGAUAAAUCUGUGGAUAUGUCCGACUUUGGCCCAUCCCACAUCAUCAACAUAAAGAAAGAGAAGAGGGAGACGGAUGAAGAGACUAAGAAGAUCUUGCGCAUGUUGCAAAAAGAUGAUUUCCUGGAUGACCCAGGCUUGAAAAAUGACAUUCGAAACAAGCCAGUUCAGCUGCCUCUGGCACAUUCUGGUUGGCUUUUCAAGGAAGAAGGGGAUGAUCAGGAAGACAGCAAACUAUUGAACGCCAGCCAUAAAGAGGAGGAGCUGGAAACAGGUGUAUCUUCAGUGAAAGUGAAAGAAGAACCCCACGAUGAAGAGGAGACGCCAUGCGCCCAGGCUCCAGCACCCACAAAAACCCCUCCUCCCUUCCCUCAUGAUGUCUCCCUUGCGGAGCUACUUCCAAGGUUGAGUCUCUCCAAGGAGGAAGAGUUGCUCUUUUUGCAGCUGCCAGACACGCUCCCGGGACAGCCGCCCACGCAGGACACGAAGCCGCUCAAAACAGAAGUGCAGAACGAGGAUGGGCAGAUGAUGGUGAUAAAACAGGAGAAAACACAGGAGACCAAGGAAGCGGAGAAUACCUGCACCCUGGGGGACCUCUCUGAAGGGCAAGUGGGGAAGCUGCUGAUCCGGAAAUCAGGAAAGGUGCAACUUGUCCUCGGCCAGGUGACUCUAGACAUAACCACGGGAACGCCCUGCUCCUUCCUUCAGGAGCUGGUGUCAGUCAGCAUUGGGGACAAUCGGAGCGGCGAGAUGAUCGUCUUGGGCCACGUGAAGCACAAGCUGGUUUGUGCUCCAGAUUUUGAAUCCUUGCUAGCGUACAAGCAUCGAUAGGACUGCUGCAAAACAACAGCAACAACCCAUUCUUUUGCCAGGGUAGCUGGUGGUUCUGCCUAAACAGCGAUGAUUUGGGCUCUCCCAAAGUGCCUCUUCCUAAAUUGAGGAAGACAGAAGCGUUUCCAGGAAGACUCUGCUAGAAGAGAAGUGGCAACCUUCAUGGGAACGAGACUUGAAAAACAUCUUGCGGUCGGAGAUUUUAUCUGGAGCUGUCGAAUCUCUGGAGGUAGGGGAAAGGGUCCGAAGCCAAGGACUUGCCGCAUCCUUCCACUCAGUUCCAUACAGGAUGUGACUUGCACCCUUGUAACGACUUUUAAUGGCUUAAUUGAGCGCACUACCCGGUGAUAUUAUCCCAAAGGGAGAUUGGAAAGAUGUGAGCCCUGGAGCCGAGAUUACCUGUUUAACCAGCUGUUUUCCCGCAGAUGCUUAGCAAAGAUGUCACCGUUCCAAACGCCUGCAGGAGAUCGUGAUACAGGGAUGCCUUUUCUCUUUCGCCUUCUGGAUCUUAACUACCACCCAGU